AUGGACUCCCCCAUCACCUCUGUGGAGUCCUUCCGUUUCCUGGGCACCACCAUCACCCAGGACCUCAAGUGGGAGCCGACCAUCAGCUCCCUCAUCAAGAAGGCCCAGCAGAGGAUGUACUUCCUGCGGCAGCUCAGGAAAGCCAAGCUGCAGUUCUACACGGCCAUCAUCGAGUCCAUCCUCACCUCCUCCAUCACCUCCUCCAUCACCUCCUCCAUCUCCUCCUCCAUCACCUCCUCCAUCACCUCCUCCAUCACCUCCUCAUCACCUCCUCAUCACCUCCUCCAUCACCUCCUCCAUCACCUCCACCAUCACCUCCUCAUCACCUCCUCCAUCACCUCCUCCAUCACCUCCUCCAUCACCUCCUCAUCACCUCCUCCAUCACCUCCUCCAUCACCUCCUCCAUCACCUCCUCCAUCACCUCCUCCAUCACCUCCUCCAUCACCGUGUGGUUCGCUGGAGCCACAGUCAGGGACAAACAGAGACUACAGCGCAUUGUGCGCUCUGCAGAGGAAGUGA